ACAACCAACCCCUGUUUUUUUUUCUUCUGUAAUUUAUUUAUGGCUCGAUUUUUAUAAACAUAUUAAUGUUGUUUAAUUACGUAUGAUUGCAGGAUGGAUUUGCAUACACAAGCAGGUUUGUAGAGAGAAAGACGUGUAUUACGGCUCACAAUCGGUCUGAUUUCAAUGUAGACCACUCAGGUAUAUGCCAAUGAUGGAGCUUGGUGUGUCGAGUGACAUGUUUGAUAUCAGGAAGAACGCUUUGAAGAAGCUGUCUAAGCAACAGAGUGCUUAUCGAAUCAAGCUUUUAUCGUCGUACAAGGAAAUGAUUUGGGCAGAAUUUGAAGCGGCGGAAACUGAUCGCAACUUUAGCGGCAAAAUAGGUUACAUUUUUGGGUCAGAUUUGGCUAAGAUUCUACAAAUCCUUUGUCCAAGAAGACUUGAGCUUAAUCGAGCUGUGUUGUGUUUGGUAAUAUGGAGAAGUCAUGGGUUUGGUUACCUAGGAAUAGCAUUGAGUAUGUUGAAGCUGGAUAUUCUUAACGCUAGAGACUCACAUGUUCAGAAGCUUCUGGCUACACAAGCAGAAAUGGCUACCAAGAUUGAAGAUUUGCAGAGUCAACUUCAUUGUUUAGCUGGAAAAAAACUAUCUGGUGCUGAUUUGGAUGCUCAAUCUAAUGUAUCAAACACAAACAAAGGAGGAAUUAAGUGUAAGAUAUUGGAUUGGUUUUCAAAAGAUGAAGUUGUUGUCGGGGAAUCAGACAACAACUCUCCAACUGAGCAUAACAUGGACUCUGAUGAACAACCGAUUUACAACAUCUUUGCUUGGAAUGGAACUGAUAUUGUUGCUGAGGAUCAGGCUAUAAACUAGAGAGAGUUUAGUGAAGUGUGACUAUUACUCUUUGUGUCUUUACUUUCUUUCUAGUGUGUUGAUGCAUGUGAGUGAAUGUCAUAUUUAUUUGAGUGUGUGAUCCUUUGAACUUAUUAUCAGAAUAGUGAUAAAGUCGUAGUAAAUUGUCAAGCUUUCUGGUUCCUUGUAAGAAAGAUAAUUUACUACU